ACGCGUUCAAACAAACAAACUCUUCAGCUUUAUAAUAUUAGUAUAGAUUAACACAAAUAUAUAUUACAGUAUCAACAAUGGGAAUAUCAGUGAGUAGAUAUUCAGAUAUAUCUACCAACGAGGUGGUCGCCAAGUUUUGUUCUAACGAAGUUAUAUGUCCAAAUGAUCCAUUUUGGAAUCAGCUAUUGGCCUUCAAUAUACAGCUACCGACUAAUGCUGACGAACAGCUAAUGUUCGAUGCAAGCACAGAAACGUUGCUACAAAAGUUCCUGCAGAAUAAUCCGCAGACAGGCAACCUUGGUUCCUUAGUGCAAGUAUUUAUUACGAGAGCUACGGAGUUGCUGGCUGCACCGAAUACAGAUAAUGUUAUGUUGGCAUGGCAAAGCUACAACGCAAUAUUCUUCAUCAGAUCGGUAACCAAAUAUCUAGUAGAGAUGGUCCCUGAAUAUGAGUUGUGCAAACAUUUAGAUGUACAGGCGAAAGUUGUUGCGCCACCACAACAAGAUCCAAACUUAGAUAGUACAGUGGAGCCGCCUAAAAUAGUCACUGGAGAGAGUAGAGUUGAAAUGUUAAUAGAUGCACUGAUAAGCCUUAUCAUUGAUGUCCCGAUUACCGACAACACAUACCACCUACAUUUAGAGUGUAUCAACACGCUACUAGUUCUUAUGUCUGUCUAUAUGUUUGCUGGUGUGCACGGAAGUACUAGAUUGGUGGAAACUUCUCUUAUAUAUAGGACGCUAUUUCAAGGUCGAUACAGUAUGCACGCACCAUUAUUAGUGAAGACUUUAUUAAAUAAUUUAUCCAACAUGGCGCCCGCACCGCCACAAUUUGGGUCACAAGGACCCGGCAGUAUGCUGAUUAAUAUUGCUUCAUCCCUCUGGAGCAUGCUUUCACUCAGUUCCCCAACACCCACAACAAUAUACAGCGCUCCACCGGCCCACAGACGAGAACUAGCCGAACGACUGGCUAGAGAACACCCUCUAGCUAACCAGUCGUGUUUACUGCUACUGGCGCUAGCCAAUCACUCGAUAGACGACGAUAAUCUGUAUAGAUGUGCGUUGUUGAAGUGUGAAGAUGCAGCUGAAACCUCAGCAACCACACCACAAAAAGAUACCAAUCUUCCAGGACAGAUUACACCGCCACGAAUAGACAUGGUCGCUCUGCAUAAGGCGCUAUGUGCAACUGCCGGCUGCGAACAUUCGACACUACUAUUAUACUUGAUGCUACAUUCGUGCAAAGCGUACAAACGUCAUGUUGCAAAUGAAACACAUAUUGAGAAUUUGAUAGUACCAAUACUUCAAGUGCUAUACAACGCGCCGGACAGUAACUCGCACCACAUAUACAUGUCCCUUAUAGUGUUGUUGAUAUUGACUGAAGACGAGGCCCUUAUUAGGAAUGUACAUCAAAUUAUGUUAAAAAACCUAACCUGGUACGGUGAGAGAUCAAUAUCUGAAAUAUCUCUAGGUGGUCUGAUGGUUUUGGUCGUUGUUCGAGCGUUACAAUACAACAUGGCGCGGGUUAGAGACAAAUAUCUGCAUACGAAUUGUUUAGCGGCGAUCGCUAACAUGAGCUGUGAAUUCCGAAAUCUUCAUCCAUACGUGGCGCAGCGGUUGAUAUCGUUAUUUGAAACUUUGACAAAACGAAGAGCUAGGUUGUGCAGUGAGAUUGAAGGUGGUGAUAUUAAUAGCAUAGAACUGCCGCAUCACGCGGAAGAAAAGACUGAAGAAAUUAUGGAACACAUAGCAGUACUGGAUGAAGUACUGCGAAUGUUACUAGAAAUAAUAAACUCCUGUCUCACACACCAACUAUCAAACAAUUUGAACCUCGUGUAUGCGCUGCUUCACAAGAAGCAGUUGUUCCAGCAGCACUCGCACCACAGUAUCGCGCAGAACGUCGAAAUGGUAAUAGGAUAUUUCUCAACCCGCCUCCAAAGGGUGCAAGAAGGUGCGGGAGGGGAGCUAGGUGUAACAGAAGUAUUGCAAUGUAUUAAAAAGGGAGCGGAACAAUGGUCUAGUGAUAGACUUAAGAAAUUCCCCGACCUGAAAUUCCGUUACGUAGAGGAGGAACGGCCAGAGGAAUUCUUCACUCCCUACGUAUGGUCACUAAUUAGUUCAUGCGGGAACAUUUACUGGGCAAGUGAGUGCGCGACGAGAGCUUCCACAGAACUGCUGGCAUAGUGGCGAUACACGGGUAUUUAUAUGGCGAGGAAUGGGUGGAUUAUAUAACUACCCGCAAAAAUUUUGAAGACGAUUUUUUUGUGUGAGAUAUAAAAAAAAGUGGAUUUAUUGACGAAUGUGGGAUUAUAUAGUGUGUGAGACGGUGUAGAUGUAAUGUAUGAGCAAUAUUGUAACUACCCGCAUAAUUUGAAGAUUUUUUUUAAAUUGUUUUGGACACAUUGUAUGAUAU